CUCAACAAUACAUGUGCCCGUUCACAUGUGUUUUGUCAAAUAAAUGACCAAAAUCCAUCGGUUUAUACCCUUUUUAAUUCAGCCAAAGUUGAAUUUAUUCAAUUUUAAACCUUAAGCUGCCAAAAUUCGAAGAAAAUGAAGCGUGAAAAGAAGACGCCGGUUAAAGUGAAAAGUCGAAAAAGUUCGUCGAGCAGCAGUGAUAGCAGUGAAGAAAGUCUAAACGAAUCAAAAGUCAUCCAAAAGCGACAACAACAGGACACAAGCAGAGUGCUCGUAGAGGAAUGUAAUACCAAUGAAAAACAAUCCAAUGUUACAAUUAAAAUGCAAAAUGCCGAUUCACUUGCAAAAUAUCGAAAUAUGAAUCCGCAUGCUAAAAUCGAAAAUCCAAAAACCACAACAAAUUUUACGGCUGACGAUAUAAGUGACGAUGAUGAAAUUUGGAUAUGUGAUAUACCGAGUUCGAUUGAUGUCAAUAAAUUAGUCGGUGAGUCGAUAAAAUUGGGCAGCAAGAAGUCUACAAUCAAAACGGACGAUUUUGAUAUUCAAUGUUCAUCAUCAAAAUACGAAAGUUCAAAUGGUAUUUAUGAAAAUGCACUGUCGGUCAUAUUUCAAAACGACGAUGGACAGUUUACCAUGAAGAAUAUCAAGCCGGUUGGACGAAUGAUGUUCCAUCAGAAAGUCACCAAAUCCGAAGAAACACUUGAAUUAACGCCAUCCGGACGUCACGAGUGCACAGUGUUUCCAGACAAUUUAGUUGUACGACAUCCACUUCUUGGCCGGAACUUUGAAGACAAAAUUAAAGUGAGCAAAGCAAUUCAAAAGAGUUUGGAUGAAGCAAAAAUUGCUAGCAACGAAGUAGCUGAAUCAAGUGUGCGAAUAAAGCAAGAAAAGGAAGAAGGUAGUACACGGUCUCAAACAACACCGAAGAAAUCGAAAAAACGAAAAGCCGAACCCAUCGAAGAUCCUGUCAGCACGAAAAAACGAAAGGACGAAAUAAAAAUAGAAAAUGCACAAGACGAUGAUUUAGAUCGUAUUAUGCAAAUUUUUGGAAAUAACAAUUGAAAUUCAGUUGAUAUCAAUGAAUAAAUUGAUGUAUUUAAUUAAAUUUGAAUAAAAAUUUAAUUGAUAAAAGAUAAGUA